UUUUUCCCUCCUCCCCUCCACUACAUUGCUUCUCCUCUCACCUUCUGUCUAGUUUGUAAAGCACUCUUCUGAACGAACGAGUUCGUGUGAGUACACAAGGACAGAGACCUCAGGCCAGCACCGGCUUACAGGCUGCAGGGAAACCACAAGGAAAUACAUGCAUUCACUCACACGCUCACUUACACACCAACUCCAAAGGGAAACUGCAGUGUAAACACCCGAGGACAAAAAACGUCAAGAGUCUAGACAGAGCGGCUAAACUUCAAAGUGUUGAAGACGAAAGGAGAGCAAGAAGAGGAGAAACGAGAGGAGCGAUUGAAGGAGAAUGGCCAUGGCAGGCACUCAGAUUUCAAGCCGGCUAGCUCUGAUCAUCUGUCUGCUGCUGCUCGUCACCAGCACAGAGAGCAAACGCAGACUCAGGAGGAGAGGACUCGGUCAGAAGGACUAUGAAUACCCAAACCUCUUCCAGUCCAAUCAACACCAAAAGAAUGAUCGGUGCCCACCUCCACCUCAGAUGCUUCCCGAGCGGGCGUGUGAGGUGCCCAGUUGCCGCUCAGACUCAGAGUGUGAGAGACACAAACGCUGCUGUUACAAUGGCUGCACCUAUGCAUGUUUGGAGUCAGUUCAACCUCCACCGGUGCUGGACUGGUUGGUGCAACCCAAGCCACGGUGGCUUGGUGGAAAUGGCUGGCUCUUGGAUGGACCAGAAGAGGUUCUCCAGGCUGAGGCAUGCAGCACUACAGAAGAUGGGGACGAGCCCUUACACUGUCCUACUGGAUAUGAAUGCCACAUCAUCAACCCUGGAAACCCCUCUGCAGGCAUCCCCAACCGAGGGCAGUGUAUAAAACAGCGGGGAAACUCAGGAAGUAACAUAGCAGUGGGUUAUGAGAAACAUCACAAGCAUAUGGGCUGAACAGUAAGGUGACCAUCAUAGAUCUACAGAAUUGAUGCAAAAAAAAAAAAAAAAAAAAACAGCCAACACUUUUGCAGAAACUGGAUGUCCUUACCUUAUGGUUUAAAAAGCUGGGUUUUGGUGAUUUAUUGAAGGUGCUAUUAUAUGGAAAUGUCAACAUUUUCAAACACCACUCAGCAUGUUAUAACUGGCUAGCUUGAAACACAAAGUGCAUCAUCACAAUAUUUAAUAAACCCAUUUUUGGUUAAAAAAUAAAUAAAUAAAUA